AUGGACAACAGGUCAGGCGUCAUUCCACAGAUUGUAGCCAUGGCGGAAGGAGGUUGCGGCGAGUCGCAGAAACCGGCAACUGUCUUCGACUUUCUUUCGAAGAUUGUUCGCCUUUUGCAAGAUGAAGAGGCUCUUCAACCCCGCAGAAAUGAUCAGGUGGUACAAUUCCAGCAUCCCAGAGAGCUGCAGGAAUUAUUGCCACUUGCUUUGAAUAAAGAUCCACUUCCAGAUGAUGAUAUAGUAGAAGCAUGUCGUCAAGUGAUUAAAUAUUCUGUGAAAACAAAUCAUCCAUAUUUCUUUAAUCAGUUAUAUGGUGGAGUUGAUAUGUAUGGACUUGCAGGUACCUGGAUUUCUGAAUCACUUAAUACCAACCAAUAUACUUUUGAAGUUGGUCCAGCAUUCACACUAGUUGAACAUGCAGUACUGACUCAUACACUAAACAUGUUUGGGCUAGCCAAUGGAGAUGGAAUAUUUUGUCCAGGUGGAAGCAUUUCUAAUAUGUAUGGGAUAGUAUUAGCUAGAUACAAGAAAGUACCAGAUAUAAAAACAAAGGGAUUAUCAUCUGCUCCCCCUCUUGUGGCUUUUACAUCAGAUGACGGUCAUUAUUCAAUGCUGAAAGCAGCUCAUUGGCUGGGACUUGGCACUGACAAUAUGAUAAAGGUGAAGUCUGAUAAUGAAGGACGCAUGAUUCCAAGUGAACUUGUGGCAAGCAUUCAGAAUGCCCUAAAAGCUGGAAAGCAGCCAUUUUUUGUAAACGCUACAGCGGGGACAACAGUACUUGGAGCGUUUGAUCCUUUUGAAGCAUUGGCUGACAUAUGUACUGAAUAUCAACUAUGGCUUCAUGUGGAUGCUUGUUGGGGUGGAAGUCUCAUGCUGUCAAAAAAAUUCUCAUCUGUACUGAAAGGCAUUUCUAGGGCAGACUCAAUCUCCUGGAAUCCUCAUAAAAUGCUGGGGGCGCCAUUGCAGUGUUCUGCAUUCCUUGUGAGAGAGAAGGGCUUACUUCAUCACAGCAAUGCGGCGGCCGCGCAUUAUUUAUUUCAGCAGGACAAAUUCUAUGACAUAUCUUAUGACACUGGUGACAAAAGUGUGCAGUGUGGUCGAAAGGUCGAUGCACUCAAAUUGUGGUUAAUGUGGAAAGCUCGAGGAGACAGUGGUUUGGAAAAAGUGGUAGACAAUGCCAUGGAGUGUGCCAGGUAUUUCUGCGAUCGCAUUCGGAAUCGACCCGGCUUCCGGUUGGUUAUACCUGAAUUCCAGUGCACCAACACUUGCUUUUGGUAUAUACCUCCGAGACUGCGAAAUCAAGAAGAAACUCCUGAGUGGUGGGAAAAAAUUAAUUCUGUGGCGCCAAAAAUCAAGGAGAGAUUGGUCCUAGCAGGGUGUUUAAUGAUCGGAUAUACGCCGUUAUCACACAAAGGAAUAAAGAACUUCUUCCGAAUGGUGGUGACAUGUCAACCUCCAGCAACGGUAGAGGAUAUGGAUUAUGUCAUUGAAAAAAUUGAAGAAUAUGCAAUUGACAUAGUAUGAUCAUUGAACGUUAAUAGAUAAUUCUUCCAAUUACUUAAUUUGACAAUGACAAUUUUAAAUGUUGAAUUCCCAGUAAAAAUUUUAACCCAUUUAAUUUAUUGUAGUUUUAUCAUUUUUCUACCUCAGUUAUUGAACUACAAUGCAUUAUAUUUGACAAAUUUCUAUUUGAAUAACAUGUAAACCAUUUUAAAGAAAAGCAAAUAUUCUAAAAUAAUGGUAUACUCUGUGUUACAUUGCGAUAUAUUUAAUAAAGUAUGUUAUGUCAUCAUUAUAAUAGA